AUAAUUUCUCCAUGCAUGACAAUUUCAACUAUUUCUUCCCAUGGUCGAAUGAUCGUAGUUAUCUGGGACAAAUGAACUAAAAAACCGUCAUAAAAUAAAACAUAAGCAAGAUUAAUCCAAAUUAUCGAAAUGCCGGACGUAAUAUUGACCGUGAUGGAAAUGGGAUUUUCCAGGGAACGAGCCGAACUGGCGGUGGCAAAGACUGGGUCCCAAGACAUGCAGGCUAUUAUGGAAUGGCUGCUAUCACACGAGGAAGACACAGACGCCGGUCAUGAAGGGGGCUUCCAAGAACCAAAUCCCCUCUCAUUGGUUGAACAACCAGAACAAAAUUCCUCCGAAUCUACCCAGAACCAAGCACCCAAGUCUAUUAGAUGUGAUGAUUGUGGAAAAUUGUUCAAAAGCAAUCAGGAAGUCGAAUUUCAUGCCUCUAAAUCAGGACACGAGAAUUUUUCUGAGUCAACAGAGGAAAAAAAACCUCUGACAGAAGAAGAGAAAAAAGAGCAGCUGGCGAAAAUCGAAGCUAAGCUUAAACAGCGGCGACUUGAGCGGGAGCAGAGGGAAAAGGAAGAGGCGCUUCUACGGGAAAAGGCUAGGAUCAGAUCUGGCAAAGAGCUACUGGAGGCGAAAAAAAAACAAGAUGAACUAGAGAUGAAAAAAAUUAUUGAGCAGCGGAAAAGGGCAAAGGAGGAGGAGCGACUUGCUAGGCAAAGGGUAAAAGAACAAAUUGAACAGGAUAAAUUGGCUCGGAAAGCAAAAUUUUCUGGCAGUCCAAUGCCCGAACCUUCCCAGACUCAGCCCAUUUCUGUCAGGCCUGUGGAGAACAAACCGCCAUCAAAUUGCACUGAAGUUAGAUUGCAGAUCAGGCUGACAGAUGGAAAAACAUUGACUCAAAAUUUUGGCUUGAAAGAGCCCCUGUCGGCUGUGAAAUUGUUUAUAGAAAUUAAUAGAACAGAUGAGAAGGCGCCAUUUAAGUUGAUUACUUCAUAUCCGAAAAGAGUGUUUUCCGAAGAAGAUUAUGACAAACCUUUGGAAAGCUUAGGUUUGGCCCCUUCUGCUACUCUUAAUGUGUUGAAAUCUUAGCCUAACUCUUACUCAAAUCGGUCCAUACUCGUUCGUUAUAAGGUUGCUAAAGAAUUCUUAGUGUAUUUUCUUUGUUGUGUAACUACCUAGCGGGAGCACAAAUGACGAAAUAAAACAUCGGGUUUCCA